CCUGACUUAACCGAUAUGCAGGAAGACACUGGGAAUGCCCCGUGUGAACACUCUGAGGCCAACGUGCUUGCCCAGAGCUGCUGUCAAAGCUGCUUCCACCCCGAGGAGGCCCACAGACCAAGGCAGGAGGAGCCUGGGAGCCCUCCCAGUGCUGAGCCGCCUUACUGUGACCUGCCUCGCCGCCCACCUGCCUCUGAGGACCCUCCCCGUUCCUCAACCUCCGGCUGCCCGUCGGUGGUGGGCCCGGGCCUUGGGCCAGGGCUGCAGAGGGGUCCGUCAGCAGGGUCCUCAGCAGAGGUCCCCACCGCCACCUCCGGGAGCCAGAGCCAGGAACUGGAGGCAGGACCCUCUCUGGAGGGUCUGGCCUCCUGCCUGGGUGGCAGCUUUGACGAAGGCCUUGACUCUGGCACCAGCUCCAGCCCUGACCACGACACCCCUGAUGAUACCAGCGACUCGUCCUCCGUGGACUGGAACACUGUUGGAAGGCAGGAGGAGGCCCCCAGCUGGGACGAGCUCACCGUGAUGAUCCCGAGGAAGCCCCAGGAAGGGCCAAGAGCUGACAGUGCCCGAAGGGCUCCAUCUCUCCUCACCCGGUCUCCCGUGGGAGGGGAUGCUGCAGGCCAGAGAAAGGAAGAUCCCUGCAGUGGGAGCCGAAGUGCCGGACAGCACUGGGCAAAGCUCCGGGGAGAAAGUGGGCACUUCCUGGAGCGGCACCGGUCGGCGCUAACCCAGGCUUCCCGCACGACACUGCCGGGUGGACCUCGCGGUGCCACCCCCCAGGCUUCCUCUCUCCAUCGUUCUGCCCAGAAGGAUGCUGCCCAGAGUGCUUCCACACAGGUCGAUAGCCCCCGAGCCUCCUCUCCCACACAAAUCGCCCAACGGGACAAGCCCAGGACCUCGCCCACCCAACAGGAUAUCCCCAGGACCGCCUUCACACAGCACAACACCCCCAGAGCCUCCUCUCCCUCAAGAAUCGCCCAACAGGAUGACCCCAGAACCUCCUCCGUCCAACGAAGCAACCUUCGAAGGGACAAUCCCAGAGGCUCCUCUCCCAACCGAAGCACCCAGCGGGACAACUCCCGGACACCCUGUCCCCAGCGGGACAAUCCCAGAGGCUCCUCUCCCAACCGAACCACCCAGCGGGACAACUCCCGGGCACCCUGUCCCCAGCGGGACAAUCCCAGAGGCUCCUCUCCCAACCGAACCACCCAGCGGGACAACUCCCGGACACCCUGUCCCCAGCGGGACAAUCCCAGAGGCUCCUCUCCCAACCGAACCACCCAGCGGGACAAUCCCAAAGCUUCUUGUAUUCAACAGAACAACCCUAGGACCUCUUAUAGUCAACGAGACAAUCCACAGUCUUCCUCUCAGCGGGACAACCCUGGAACAUCCUCCCCUCGAUGCUGCACAAAAUGGGACCACCCUGGACCAUCAUCUCCCCAUCGCUCCGCUCAACGGAACAAUCCCAGGAAUUCUUCUCCCCAUCGUACUAACAAAGACAUCCCCUGGGCCUCCUUUCCCCUCCGCCCAACCCAGAGUGAAGGCCCCCGAACCUCUUCCCCAUCUCGCUCCAAGCAAAGUGAGGUUCCCUGGGCCUCCAUUGCCCUUCGGCCAACCCAAGGGGACAGGCCUCCUCAGACCUCCUCUCCCACUAGGCCAGCUCAGCGCGACCCACCUCUGUCCUCCUCCGGAUCUGCCCAGCACAGCUCGCCAUCUCAGGCUGUGUCCUCCUUCCAUAACCCGGGCCCCCACAGUGCCUCCCGGACCUCUUCACCUCUGUACCCUGCUACCCGCGGGGCACCCCAGACCUCUUUGGAGCCCUCCCAGCCUCCAUGCUCGGUCUGUAUUGGGCAUCGGGAUGCCCCUCGAGCUUCUUCACCUCCUCGCUACUUGCAACAUGACCCAUUCCCCUUCUUCCCAGACCCCCAUGCAUCUGAGAGUGAAUUGCCCCACCACAACCCCCCCUACAUACCUCCAGCCGUGUGCAUUGGACACCGGGAUGCCCCCCGGGCUUCCUCACCCCCCCGCCACACCCAGUUUGACCCCUUCCCCUUCCUCCCAGACACAUCUGAUACUGAGACUCAGUCCACCCAGCACGACCCUCCUCAGUUCCCCCCACCUGUGUGUAUUGGGUACCGGGAUGCACCCCGGGCCUCCUCUCCGCCACGCCAGCCCCCAGAACCCUUCCUGUUAUUCCAGGAUCUUCCCAGGGCCAGCACUGAGAGCCUCGUCCCCUCCACAGACUCUCUGCACGAGCCCCCCCACGUGCCCACCCCCGUGUGCAUCGGACACCGGGAUGCGCCCUCUUUCUCAUCCCCUCCACGCCAGGCCCCUGAGCCCUCCCUCUUCUUUCAGGAUCUCCCAGGGACUAGUAUGGAGAGCCUGGCCCCCUCCACUGACUCUCUACAUGGCUCCCCCGUGCUGCCUCCCCAAGUGUGCAUCGGGCACCGGGAUGCGCCCCGAGCCUCCUCCCCACCCCGCCACCCCCCCAGUGACCUAGCACUCCUGGCACCGUCACCUCCACCAGGCAGCUCAGGGGGCUCCCGGGGCUCAGCAGCCCCUGGGGAGACCAGGCACAACCUGGAGAGGGAGGAGUACACCAUGCUGGCCGAUCUGCCCCCGCCCAGGAGGCUGGCGCAGAGGGAGCCAGAGCCCCAGGGCAGCAACGGUGGCCGCACCCGCAGCCCUGGCCGCGCAGAGGUGGAGCGCCUCUUCGGGCAAGAGCGCAGGAAGUCCGAGGCACCGGGGGCCUUCCAGGCCCGGGACGAGGGGCGGUCACAGCGGCCCAGCCAAGGUCAGAGCCAACUUCUCCGAAGACAGUCCAGCCCUGCCCUCAGCAGGGAGGUAACCAAGCCCCUUGCGAAGCAGGCAGAACCAGCCCGGUGGAGUCAAGCAGAGCCCUCUCGUCCCAGGAGCCCCAAGAGGCGGCCUGAAGGGGACCGGCGGCUCCAGGGGACCUCGCUGCCCCCAAGGACAUCAGCCAGGAUCCCUGAGAGGGAGCGGCGGACAGAGAGACCUCUGGAAAGUGGCCGGGCAGGCCCAAGACAGCCUCUGGGGGGGUGGCGGAGUCAGGAGGGGCCUCCAGGAACCCAGGGCCCUCACAGACGUCUGGAGAGAGGGUACAGCAGCCAGCAGGAGGGCCCAGGCCUGGGGGGCUGGCAAGGACUUGGGGAGCCCAGCCGGGGGCUUGCCAGAGUCCCAGAGGGAACUUGGAGGGGCCCUCUCAGGGAGUCUGAGGAGAGCUGGGAGCAGCAGAGUGGCCCCGCCGGCCACAGGGGGCAGGCAGAGGCCUGGGAGGAGCCUCCUGGGAAUGGGUUGCGGGAGGAGCUGCCCAGUGCCCACCAGACUAAGAGCCCCCCAGAGAACUCCGGGGUAGGCCCAGCAGAGUUCUUGAAAUCCCAGAGGCCUGAGAUGCCCACUACCAUGGGCUGGAGGGCUGAGGGAACAUGCCCACACCUGCAUAGUCCUGAGAGGACAUCCGAGCUUGACUGGAAGGACCUUGUGGGCCUUCUAGGGGAGCCCAGAGAGGGGGCCUGGGGCCGGAUAGAGGAGUCGAUGCUCACCUCCCACCUUCCCAGGUUGGACUGGGAAGGCCUCCUGGAGCUCCUACGGGCCCAGCUGCCCCGCAAGGACCCAGCUGGACACUGGGGUCCCCUGGCCCCGGCUUCAGGGGGUCCUCCGGCCCCAGCUUCAGGGCCAGAGGUGGGUUCCCUGGGCACAAAUGGCAUCCCGGAGCUAGAGCGACAGGGCCAGCCUGAUGGCUGGGAGGAGUCCGCCCUGGUCAACGGACAGAGCCAGAGCGCUGGGCAGUGGCCCGGGAGCUCCGCCCAGCCGCCCAGCCCUGCCUGCACCUCCGCCCAGUGGCCAAAGACCAGAGUGAAGAGGGGACCAGAGACCUCACCUAUGGCUGGUCUGGAAGAGAUGGGCCAGCUGGGGAGCAGGAGCCCUGCAGAGGGUCCCGGCUUGCCAGAGUGGGAGUUCCAAUCAGAGGAGCCCGAGGAGUCAGAACCAAGCAAAGGCCAAGACUCACUGACCGACCAGAAGCAUGCAGACUCGGCAGACAAGAGGCCAGCGGAGGGCAAGGCUGGGAGCCCACUCAAGGGCCGACUGGUGACCUCAUGGCGGAUGCCCGGGGACCGUCCCACGCUGUUCAAUCCGUUCCUGCUGUCUCUGGGGGUCCUCAGGUGGCAAAGGCCCGAUCUGCUCAACUUCAAGAAGGGAUGGAUGUCGAUCUUGGACGAGCCCGGAGAGUGGAAGAAGCACUGGUUUGUGCUGACGGAUUCCAGCCUUAAGUACUACCGGGACUCCACUGCUGAGGAGGCCGAUGAGCUGGAUGGUGAGAUCGACCUGCGCUCCUGUACGGAUGUCACCGAGUACGCCGUGCAGCGCAACUAUGGCUUCCAGAUCCACACCAAGGACGCCGUCUACACCUUGUCGGCCAUGACCUCGGGUAUCCGGCGAAACUGGAUCGAGGCUCUGAGGAAGACUGUGCGGCCCACCACGGCCCCGGAUGUCACCAAGCUCUCGGACUGCAACAAGGAGAACGCGCUGCAGGGCUACAGCACCCAGAAGGGCUCCCUGAAGGCGGGAGAGCAGCGGGGGGGCUCCGAGGUCAUCGGUCGGGGCGGCCCGCGGAAGGCGGACGGGCAGCGGCAGGCCCUGGACUACGUGGAGCUGUCCCCACUGACGCAGGGCUCCCCGCAGCGGGUCCGCGGCCCGGCCCGCAUGCUCGACCGCCCGGCCAAGCAGGAGGAGCUGGAGCGGGACCUGGCCCAGCGCUCCGAGGAGCGACGCAAGUGGUUUGAGGCCACGGCCGGCCGGCCGCCGGAGACCGCAGCUGGCGAGGGGCCGCGCCGGGGUCUGGGUGCCCCGCUGACUGAGGACCAGCAGAGCCGGCUCAGUGAGGAGAUUGAGAAGAAGUGGCAGGAGCUGGAGAAGCUUCCGCUGCGGGAGAACAAGCGGGUGCCUCUCACCGCCCUGCUCAACCAGAGCCGCGGGGA